GGAAAAGCUCGCGGAAGACGAGGUUCUGCGGAGAGAGAGGCUCCAAGCAGUAUGGGAAGUGUAGUCCAGUUGGCUUAGCAGUAGUUUCGUGGGGGGAGCCGAGGUUCCGGGAAGGGGCUAGGCCGGCUUGAAAAGAGAUUAUGACUGUACCUUUUAACUCUGUAGCUGGAACACAAGAAGUGUUUGUUUAAUGAAUGACGUACACAUUUAAGAUCUGUUUGGACGCUGAGGAUAAUCUUGUGAAUUGCUAAUAGUUCACUGGGUUUGGCCCUUAGUGUUGACUUCAGUAUGCUGAGACGGAAACCAACACGCCUAGAGCUAAAGCUUGAUGACAUUGAAGAGUUUGAGAACAUUCGAAAGGACCUGGAGACCCGUAAGAAACAGAAGGAAGAUGUGGAAGUUGUAGGAGGCAGUGAUGGAGAAGGAGCCAUUGGGCUUAGCAGUGAUCCCAAGAGCCGGGAACAAAUGAUCAAUGAUCGGAUUGGUUAUAAACCCCAACCCAAGCCCAAUAAUCGUUCAUCUCAAUUUGGAAGUCUUGAAUUUUAGAGAUGGAUUAUCUUGCAUGCCAGAGCACUGGAAUGGAAUAAAAUGAUGGCAGAAGUACAAACCAGAUUUAGAGAAUUGAGUGCUUGCAGUCAAGCAGAAUGUACCUCCUGCGGAGACAAAUCUUCUGCAUGAGAUUACUGAUGCUUCACUUGCACUCUAAGCUGGAAUCCAAACUCUGAUUUGUCUCUGGAAAAUUUGACUCUAUAAAACUGAUCUGAUUUUUUGUUUUUAAAAAUAAAUAUAUUUUUGGAAAAA